AGCAGGACCCCAAAGGAAAUGCCGUGUGUUUACUUUGUCAACUGAAAGAAGAGCGAAUCGGAAUCAGAGAUUCCUUGAGAAUUUGCACAGAAAUCUCCUCACGCGUACUCUAACCCAUGCACUCCUAUAUAAACUGCCUCCCAGAUUACCAUCUUCAAACAGGUAGAGCAAUAAUUUACUCCCUCCUCUGUUUCUUCAAAAAGCCCCAAAGGACCAAAACCUUCACUUUUGGUGUCUCCUGGACUGUAAACAGCUCCUCAUUCCCUACAUAUCACCAUCUUUCCAACAACCAAGACCAUGAAGCAAAAGAUAGUGAUCAAGGUGACGGGGAAUGGACAGAAGUCCCGCUCCAAAGCCUUGCAGAUUGCAGUUGGGCUUUCAGGUGUUGAAUCUGCUGGUUUAGGAGGGGAAGAUAAGAGCCAGGUAGAGGUGGUAGGCGAUGGGGUUGAUGCAGUACAACUUACAAAUUUGCUGAGAAAGAAAGUAGGCUACGCAGAGUUAGCAAGUGUAGAAGCUGUGGGAGAAAAGAAAGAAGAGCCAGCAGUGCAGCCGGUUGUUUGGCCCGUGUAUGGUGGAGGCAUGCCUCAGACCUAUGUCUAUCCGAUUCACCCCCAUCAGGACCCUUCUUGCUCCAUCAUGUAAUUACCAAACA